AUGUCUGUUCGUCGAUCCAGCAGGAUCGCAUCAAUUGCCACUCCUUCAGCACCGGAUGUGGCCAAAGGGCCAAAGAGACGGACAUCUGGCUCGCAAGGGCAAGGCACGAAAGCCAAAAGACAAAAGGCCCAUGGCGCCCGUGAGCAAACAGUUGACAAGGGAGAGAAUCAGAUUGUGAAUGGGGUGCCCCAGGCGGAGUCGGAAUUCAAAGUGCCUGUGACGCCAAUCAAAAGGGCGAAUGCACGAAGGGCUACUGUUACGCGGCCCAAGCAUCCACCAUUGACACCGACGCCGAGUCUCAUCAACGUUAUUCGAGCUCCUUACAGCUCUGGGGACAUUGACGAUGCAACUCCUCCUCCUGACCGCCCCGUUGAACCGCAUAUCACCAAUGCCCCAUUAGUCACACCUGGAGGGACACAGCAUGUCGCGUACGAAGACACUCUUCCCGAGUCGACCCCAUCAAAAACAGGCCUCCCUCGACCGAUCGCGACCACGAACACUCUCCUAGACCAAGCUUGUGCUCAUCUCAUCAGGGUGGAGCCACGCUUGAAGCCGCUGAUCGAAAAACAUCCAUGCCAUAUAUUCUCGGCUGAGGGUUUCGCCGAGAUGAUUGACCCCUUUCGCUCAUUGUCAAGCGGGAUUAUGGGCCAGCAGGUCUCGGGUGCCGCUGCCAAAUCCAUCAAGAAUAAGUUUAUUGCCUUGUUCAACGAAGAAGGGCCUGAAGAAGUACAAUUCCCGACACCAGCACAAGUGGCGGUUACAGAAAUUGCUAGAUUACGCCUUGCCGGCUUGUCUCAACGGAAAGCGGAGUAUAUCCAAGGCCUAGCUCAAAAAUUCGCCUCUGGAGAACUCACAAAUGAGAUGCUUAUGAGAGCAUCAGACGAAGAAGUUAUGGAGAAACUCAUUGCGGUCCGCGGACUGGGGAAGUGGAGUGUGGAGAUGUUUGCCUGUUUCGCGCUCAAGCGGCUUGAUAUCAUUUCCACUGGUGACCUGGGCGUUCAGAGGGGGAUGGCUGCAUUUUUUGGCAAAGACGUGAAGAAACUAAAAGCAAAGGGCGGUGGCAAGUGGAAAUACAUGUCUGAGCAGGAUAUGCUGGAGAAGAGUGCGCCCUUUGCGCCGUAUCGGAGUCUGUUUAUGUGGUAUAUGUGGCGAGUGGAAGAUGUGGACGUUGAGGUCAUGCAGGCGUAG